AUGGCACGUCGACUUUAUAACUGUGGCUUUAACAGAGAGCAAGCAAGGCAGCAGCUAAGAGCGAAAUUCCAUGACCCUAAUGAUGAAAAAAAGAGGACAAUUGUAGCUAAGAUAAAGAAGUAUAUCAUGAAAUUUUGGAAAGAUGAAAAGAUGCAACAAGAUUAGAAUGAAAAUCAACCUUAUUCCCAGAAUAUGGUUUAAGAAUAGCAAAUUGAGUAAAUUCAAAUCAGAGCCCAAGUUGAGAAAGAGGUCAAUAAUGAAUAAAUCACAGAAAACCCAUAGGAAACAGCUCAGAAUCUAAUUAAAGAUUUGAAGGAACUAUAGAGAUAGUAAGAGUUAUUGCAAUAAUAUGCAGCAGCCAACAUUUAAAGCUAGAAAAAUGUAAUCAUACCAAUAGAAAAAAAUGGAUAGUAAGAUUAUAAUGAGAGAGAUCAGCCAAAUUAACACAGAAUCAUGAGCUAAAACCAAGUUAGAGCUGAUGAAAAAAUCAAUUUCUUUGAUUAAAUGAAAGAUGAAAUGGUUCGAAGAAAAUCUCAUGAUAAAAAUGAUAAUAUACAGGAAUAAUAAGCUAGAUCAGGAUAGGAGUAAAAUGAUAAGAAUCAAAAGUUAGUUGGAUCAAAGCGUAAAUUCCUUUUGACUAAGUUAUCUUAAGUGAUAGAGGAGUAAGAUUCCUUAGAGCAGAGACUAAAAAGAUUGAAAUAAGAAUAGAAAUAGCUGUCUGAGGAAUUGGCAUGCUGCCAGAAUUGA